AUGUUGACCCUUUCCAAUAUAGAGGACAGCACUGAAGAUAUAGCCCAGAGGCCAGACUCGGGAUCUCACAAGACGGCUGUGCUGCCCUGCAGGAUUAUCAAGGACACCCAGUGUUUGCUGGCAGAACCAGUGUCUGGCAUUAAAGCAGAACCAGAAUGGAGCACCGCCCACUAUUCUCAUGUGGUCAUUGCUGGCCCUGAGGAUUCUCCCUUUGAAGGAGGGACUUUUAAACGGGAACCACUCCUUCCAGAAGAAUACCCAAUGGCGGUUCCUAAAGAACGGUUCAUGACCCAAGUGUACCACCCUAAUGUAGACAAGUUGGGAAGAACAUGUUUAAAUAUUUUGAAAGGUAAGUGGUCCCCAGCACUGCAGAUCUGCACAGUUCUGCUGUUAAUCCAGGCUAUGUCAAAUGCUCCCAGUCCAGAUGAUCCAGUAGUAAAUGAUGUGGCCGAGCAUGGGAAGACCAAUGAAGCCCAAGUCAUAGAAACAGCCAGAGCACAGACUAGACCGUAUGCCAGGAAUCAUAUUAAGUAG